GCACGUGUCGCGACGUCGCUAAUCUGACUUUGCCAAGUUUGGAACAGAGGUCAGAGACUCAGAGCAAGCUAGUGCCAGACGUAGACAGAGAGUCUUAGGAACCAACCAUAAAAUAAAGCCAAAACAGGAGCUAAUCGUAGUCAAGACCAAGACCCAAGACGUACCCUCUGCAUCAUUGUGGUAAACCCAAACCACUCGAGGACAGAAAAUGUUGGAAGGUAUUUUUCAAGAUGUUGAUGAAGAUAACAAAGGUUUCCUAUCAAGGGAGGAUGUGAAAGUGGCUGUGAUCAGACUUUUUGGAUACAAACCAUCAAAGUUUGAGGUUGAUGAGCUGAUGAAAAAUAUUGAUGGACCUGGUAUAACAUUGAAUGAAUUCAAAUCUGCAAUGAAACCCAAAUUGGCAGCACAAGACCCAGAUGAAAAAAUCAGACAAAUAUUUGUGGCAUUUGACUCUAAAUGUAGAGGAUUUCUUACUCUUGAAGAUGUAGAGAAAGCCUGCAAAUUGGUAGCUCCAAAGAUCCAGCCUCACCAUAUCCAGAAAGCAUUCAGUGAACUAGAUGGAGAUGGUGAUGGCCGUGUAAGCUACAGAGAUUUUGAGUUCAUGAUGAUGUACACUCUCCCUGCCGGAAUAUGAAAGAUCAUUUGGCAAUGCUUCCGUCUGUGAUCCGUUCGCACUUGUACGAUGUGAAUUGUACAAAAGAAACACAGGAGAUCCCUGAAUGCAUUGGUAACAGCACAGCAUGGAUCUCCAGUACUGCAGUGCAGGCCAGUGAGGAGAGUGAUAAUCUUCAAUGGAAUACAUGCUCAUUGGUAGGCAGAAUGUAUCUGUGAGGAUAGUAUGGCAGUGAUUCCGAUGAUUGCGUCUUCUUUCCCUGAACAGGAGGGCCAGUUUUUUAGCCAAAAGCCUUAAAUCACAUUAAAACAGUUUAAUUUAGGCCUUCUUGAUUUCCUUUCUGCGUAGAAGUACAGAUAAAAUACCGGUAUUCUGAUCAUUUUUCUGGCAUCCCUUGUUGAAAUAUUCUAAUUCACUGAUUUAAUGGGGUUUUGUUAAACUCAAGAAUGUGUGCUCAUUGAUGUGGGUGGUCCAUGUCUGUGUGGGUGAUCGUAUACAGGAAGUGAUUAAUUUAAACAGUUGGAAGACACUGGAACCAGUCUUGUGGCUAUGAAAAUUCAGUUGCUUCUCUGAUAAACAUAAACAUGGUUGUUUUCACUUUUAUCUACCAUUGGUGCUCCCAAGUUGUGUAUCGGGGUUGGAAAUUUCCCCGGAAAUACUGGGAAAACUUGUAAAUGUUUGGAAAUACUUAAGAUGUACGGAGAGGUACAGGGAAAUGGAAGAAUAUGCCUGAGAAACACCUGGACAAUACCUGAAAAUAUUCAAGAAGUAUAUUUUGUAGUUUUUCCCUGCUUUAUCAACUAUUUCCCAUUUAACUCAAAAAUGUAUUUCCCGGUAUUUACCACCAAUAUUUCCCACCCCAGACAACCCUGUUGUGUAUGUCUCACUGAAGCCAAUUCAUAAUUUGAAGAAAAAAUCUCGGAAAGAGGUAUCAAAUUCAGGGGUAUCAAGAAUUUUUAAGAUAUCCAGAAAGGGUUGGAAAUUUUGGGAUGACUCUUCAAACCAUGCAAGACAUAAAAUCCUUGUUUAGGGUCUAAAAAUCUGAAAUAACAUGAGACCACUUUUAGUAAUUAUUUCAUUUGCAUCUAUUUUUUACUAUCGGUAAAUUUGAGUGGUUUGUGAAUACCAAGCUGAUAGAAUAUUUUUAAGAUGGUGUGUGAGGGGGUGAUGUGAAAUUUGCAUAGCUGUGCUAGAGACAACUUUUCUGUAUUUGACAGUUUAUGAUAAAAUCGACUGUAAGAGGGACAAUGUCCUUGCAAUAUUCCUUCAGCAAUUUAUUACAUCUUAUUUAUGAAUGUACUUGUCCUGUCAAACAUAAUGCUACUAGUGUCUAAGAGAAUAUCCAUUGCUGCAUCAUCCAAGCUUGCUUAAACUUCCUCAAUAUUUUUAUAAAUCGAUAUCAUGGUAUUUAACUCAUCCUGUCCCAGGAUGAGUUAAAGUGUCUCUGAGGCAGAGAACUCUCAUCCUCCCUCGUGAGUCACUGAUAUCCUUCAUACUUGCAUCCAGAUUGUGAUAUCUCAUCACUCAAGGAGCCAAUGUUACUGUGGCUUGGCAAAUCUUUGGCUAGCUGACUGCUCCAUUUCUCGAUCCAUUAUACUAAAAGUCAGGUGAUAGUCUUGACUUCAGACCAUGUUCUGACCUGACUGAAAUGUAUAAAAAGUAGUUAUAAAGAUAGUACCAGAUGUCAAUGAGAAGAUCAUUAAACUGAAGCUGAAGAGACUUUCCACUUUUCUUUGCAGACAGAUGCAUGAGGUGACAGGAACAACCACAAAUAUACACAAUGGGAUUUUCCAUCUGAAUGUAUGUUUUUACUCCUUAUGCUUACCAUGCAUAACCGAUGUGUUAUCAGUUCCAAAACUGACACAAUUUAUCCAAAAAUUCCCCAGUUUUUCAAUUCACUAUCCAUUUGAAAAUAUUCACACCAGUUGAGUUUUCGGAACAUUCUCUGAGCAACAGAAGUUCACACACUACCUUGCCAAUGUUCUCAUGAAAUGUUUUUAGUAGAGCAGGAUAGAAUUUGACUGCAACUUGGUCGGUGUUCCCGUCGGUAGCGAUGCUGUAUGUUUGAUUUUGUCACAUUAGCUACCAGACAUUUGUUUCAUUGUCGGCUAGAGAAUGCAUCACAUUUGUUGUUUUGUAUGAGCAGCAGCAUAUUCCUUUGCAACUUUUUAGUCCCGAAACAUAUUGUGGAAACAGUUGUCCAGUAUGACCAAAAGCAUUUAAGGUGAUGUUGUGCUCAACUAAAAAAUCUGUAAAGUGAACAUCUGUAUCAAUAACAGAUGUGUCUUUCUUCUUACCAAAGAAUGAUCUUAUUUUCUGUAAUAUCCUGGAUGCAUUCACUUCAGCUUGCUUAUAGCCUACAUGCCAAUUCUUUGACCUGUGCCACGUGAUGUCAUUGGCUCCCCCCCUAAUGAUCUCAAAAUCUUGCUGACAAUAAAUGCAAUAUGCAUAUUCCUCCCCCUUUUAGCUUGAUCUAAACCAUUUUCCUCUUAGACUUAGUAUACACAAUUAGUUAAUCUUGGGGUAAAAGGAAACACUUUCUGAUACAGGGUUUGGAAAACGUGGAAUUGCCCUGAUUGUACUGGGAUUUUGAGGGCGUCCCUUAGGCUAAAAAUAGUACCCAGUUAAUCCCAGUUGAAAUUCAGUUGAACUGAUUCCAGUUAACUUUUUGUAGUUGGUUUCCAUAUACAGUUGAAAAUUCCAUUUCCUACUGGUCUCAACUGGGAAAUAUUCAAUUUAAUUGGACUUGUUUCAAUUGGGACAUUUCAUUUUCAUUUGAAAGCAACGUAACAAACUGAAACAAGUUAGAUCCAAUAGGAAACCGGAUUUUAGUUGAAUUAGUUUAGGACCAUUUGGGGAUUGUGGUUCCAACUAAUACUUUAACUGGUUGUCACUGGUAUUUUUAUAAACUGGUUGUUACUGGUAUCAUGAAACAUUGUUUGGCAUUAUAACUAGAAAAAACUGGAAUCCACUGGCACUAUAAACCCUUGAAACCAUGUCACAGAAUUGUUGCCUUGACAUUUUCUGCCUUGUAGUUGCCAUUACGUCAUCAGUCUGAACAAAAUAAAUACAUUAAAAUCAUUUAAUUAAUAGUCAAACCAAAAUGUCUGAAUAAUAUUCAAUUCUUGUCACUCUCCUUUAACCUCAUGAAACUUUUUUAAAGCUCAUUUGAAAAAGGAAACAAAGUAAAUAAUAUAAUGAUAUUAAAGAUAAUACAAAAUAU